CCUGCUGGCACAAUUCACGCCGGGGGCUGUAGUUCUGGAGGCCGGGCGCUCUGCCGCCGCACUCCAUUUCCCAUCAGGCAGCGCGGCAGCGCCGGGGCGCCUCGGGCCUGGGGGGCGGCGGGGCCGGGGCUGCCACCCGAGCCUGGCACCAUGGACGCACCGCCCAUCACGCCCGGGGAGCUGCUGUGUCUGGGCUCCAGCCUCGCCGUCUCCUGCCUCUUCUACUACCUGUACAGGAAGAAAGCUAGAAUUGUGGCACGCAUACAGGAGGCCCCAAAGCUCCAGGUUGAUGAUGAUUUACCAGCACUGGUGUCUGCAGCUGAUGGGAGGUGCCUGCCUUAUGUUGCCCUGGAAGGCAUAGUGCUGCCAGCCAAGGCUGCGCUGACCAGCCAUUACCAUGAGGGGCUGCAGGGUGUGAUCCAGAAACUGCUUCUAAAAGAGCAUCGGCUGAUCUGGAACAGCUUGGCCCGGAGCUGGACCGAGAGCGAGCGAGUGCUCUCUGAGCAGGUCUACACCGUCCCCUUCUUGCUGGCCUCACCAGACACCGACGCAGUGACGCAGGUGAGCGUGGAGAGCCCGCUCCGAGCCAUAUGCCUGCCGCUGGAGAUGGUAUAUGAGCGGUUCCAGCAGCCAGCCCACGGCUUCCGUGACCUGCUGGGCCAGUACUUGAGCGGGGAGAAGCCCAAGGGCAUCCUGGAAACAGAGGAGAUGCUGCGGGUGGGGGCUGGGCUGACAGGCAUCGGGGAGCUGGCCCUGCACCCCGACGGCUCCUUGCACCUCCAACCACCGGCCCAGGGAGGCGAAUAUUUCCUGUGCCUGGAGGACUGGCAAACGGUGCUGGCGGAGCUGGAGUCAGCCAGCAGGUUCUGGAAGGGGGUGGCCAUGCUAUGCGCUGCAGCAGGCCUGGCCGUUCUCCUGCAUGCCCUGUGCCGUGCCUACCGCCGCACUCGCCUCAAGCAGCAGCCUGAGGACAAGGAGCCAGACAGCGAGGAGGCUGGAGACGGAGGGCUCGAGGACUCCUGCGUGAUCUGCCUGAUGAGGCCCCGCGAGUGUGUUCUCUUGGGCUGUGGCCACAUCUGCUGCUGUUUCCGCUGCUUCCAGGCCUUGCCUGCCCGCCUCUGCCCCAUUUGCCGGGGGCCCAUUGACCGCGUGGUGCCCCUCUACCAGGCGUGAGAGCACCUGUGGGGUGGGGGCGGCAUGAACUAAGCCAAGCCCAGAGCCUGCAGAAAUCUGAGGUCCCUGCAUGUGCAGCUGAGUGAUUCCUGUUGGGAGGGAAGAUCCUGAUGUGCCCCCCCCCCAUCUUUUUGGGGGGGUUGGGAGAGUUAUAGCUUCCUUAUCCUCCCUCUGUCUGCCAGAGGGACACCACACCCCACCAAACAUGAAGGCUUGGGGGAAGUGUACUCAGUGCCUGAGCCGAGGAGCUGAGUACCAAGCCCCACACUGGGAUGUUCCUCUGGCAACCAGCUGGUUGACCAUGCCCUUUUCCCAGCCCUGAACCCCCAAAGCCAACUGGGGCUUUUCCCUUGUUUGGCUUUGCCAGUGAGUGGCUUUCUGCGUGGGGAGCGUGGCAAGGGCAAGACCAGGGCUGUCAGGACACAGCUGUCAGGGUGAGGAGACCCGGCCCUGUCUCCUGAGCCACCUCAGUGGCACACCUUGGUGCCACCAUUGUCCCCCCACCAAAUCUGUGUGCCUACAGCUGCUGCUCAGAUGACACAGGGGCACUCAGGGCUGGCAGUGAUGAAAUAUGCCCCUCCACCAGCUGCUCUGCCACCCGAGGAGGGGGGACAUUGUCCCUCCAUCCCUCUCUGCAGGGUCCCUGCACUCCUUUUGGAGCAGGAGGACAGCCCUGGGGUGCCUCGGAGUCUGCCUGUGCCUCCGGUCCCCACCACCCCCAGCAUUCCUGCCUGCCUCCCGGCCAGGACCUAGCGCAGGAGCAGCUUGCAGUGGUGUGUGGAGUGAUAAAGCCAAGGAGUAGAGCUCAGCCUCACCUCUUCCUUCGCGCCAUGA